ACAAAGAUGGUGGAAGGGAGUGAGUUUUGAGAAGGAAUAUUCAGUUGGGAGAAUGCCUUACAAAACGUUCUUAUAGACACGAAAUUUUCGAUCUAAGCCUGAGAUGAGUAGGUGGAGGAUCGUAAGAUUCACGAGAGAUGUGACAGUAGGCGCUAGUCGCCUAGUUGGAGUCACAGUCGUUCGCUUUUUGAUGUCAUGUUGUACAGUUUUUGUGAUUCUGUGGAUUGCUGUGUUACUGUACGUCAGUUUUUACUACGCUUACAUGCCAACCGUCAGUCAUGUUAGGCCGGUAUUCCUGCUAUUUAACUCCAACUGCGAUGAUUCACGAGGGAAAACUUUGUGUUCCUUCCCUGAAGCCAAUUUGUCUUUGAGCACUGGAGAACGAAUACUAAUGAGAGGGCAGCGCUACCAGGUUUUUCUUGAUCUUGAGAUGCCACAUUCUCCUGUUAAUGAAAAGCUAGGCAUGUUCAUGGUUAGGGUAACCUUUUUAUCUGAGUCUGGAAAAGUUUUGGCAAGUUCAGAGAGAUCAGGUAUGCUUCAUUACAAGUCAGCCCUGUUGCAGUCUCUUGGUACAGUUUUCUACUCACUACCAAUGGUUUUGGGUUUUACUGAGGAGAAACAGAUUGUGCAGAUAAACCUUCUUGAAGAAUAUGUUGAGGACUCUUAUCAUCCAGCAGUCGGGGCCACUGUGAUUGUACUCAGCAAAGAAAUUGAAAUCUACUCUGCUGCCCUGAGGAUCGAAGCUCACUUUGUGGGUCUGAGGUACAUCAUGAUCAACUGGCCUGUAACAUCAGCUUUACUGUCGAUUACCAUCAACUUUUUCAUCAUCAGCGCCGUGUUCUUCUUCGCGUACAGCGCUUUUUCACCCGACUCAGGAUUCGAAGAGCACAUAGCGCAGCCUCAAGCAGACUUAGACACUGUCACUGAAGAACAACAGCGUACCCUCACGCGAAGACGAGUCAGAGCGGGACGGGAUAGGCCUGGAACCGAGGACAUUCCCCCGGCCUCUCUAACCCGGCCGCCCAGGACGGGUAGGUUGAAGCCCAGAAAACUUUCUUCGUCACGCACCCAAGCACCCAGUCGUUCAAACGGAGGAAUGACAAGAUGUGCCUCCUUUCCUUCCUCUAGGUGGGACUGGUGCAUUCUUCAAAGGGCUCCAACUUCGGCUGCACACAAGGCACCCCGUUCCCUCCAUAGAAACAGUCCGCGUCACCAUAGUAACGAUGAUCUGGGCAGCCGAACGGGCUGUUCGUGUCCUGGUGUCAUUGCCAAUGGGGAUGGUAAGUAUGGCAGCCAAGUUGCCUACUUCCAGAAUCCUCGGUCCCUUACAAACUCACCAGUCGACACCGAACCCUACUACAUCCUGAGCUUCCGCGAGGGAAGAGCUUGGCGAAGUGGUAGGAGGCAUGGUAGUGACGGUGGCGAUGGAUAUGCUGUGGCACGGUACGGAUCCAGUGUGGAUGGGUAUCCUGUGGUGCGGCAGAGAGCUGGUGACGAUGUGUAUCCUGUGCUGCAGCCUGGCUCCAGUGGCUUGAGAUUAAGCUGCACUAGGAAGAAAGUUCUGGAGCAUGAUGCAUUGUCCAGUGGCAGCUCCACAGAGUGUGUUCAUAUGCGAAGGAGUCAGAAAUUACUUGGGGGAACAUCACUUGGUAAAAGCUUUGACUCCGCUCGCCGAUGUGACCAUAGUGCAUACGAACGUGAUUUUGAUCAUGGCUGCCACGACGAGUGCAGAGAUGGCAGUGAUCUAUCUAUCAAUGAGCAUUUGCAGAGUAGGGUCCCUGAUGGUGCUGCCUCUUCGUCGGAGUACAUUCACAAUUUGGCCUCAGGGGCCAGGAGCGCACAGGACAGUGGUCUUGUUUCUUCAGAACAAAGUGUGAAUCGACCUCUUAACGACAGCGAGCACGGAGAAUUGGUACACAAACGAUCGGUGAAUAAGACUCGAGCCAGAUUUGGACUUUCAUUGAAGAGGAUGCUGUCUAAAAGAGACGACAAGUCCUCGUGAUGUAAAUGGUUUGACACCAGAGGCGUCAGCCUUCACGUGUUUUGUUCUUCUUCUCCUAUAUAUAAAAGACAGUUUCUUAUUAAUUUGCAGACACAAAACGCGCAGGACUUCCGUUGCUCCUGUAAAGUGGUGUUUUAAGACAAAAGAAAAGAAUAACUCGAAGAUUAAUUUUUAUUUAAAAUUUAACAUAUGAAAAGUGUGCGCAGAGAGUAAUCCUAGUGGUUGAGUUACUCCUGAAAAUAAGAAAUCUUGCCGACUAAACUUAUGUCAACAUGAGCCAAAUUCAUCGACAGAGUCUAAGUCAACUUGGAGGGCGACUUAUCCAGGUUAUCGUAACGGAGGUAAACAUUGCCUUUGUCUGAUCCAUGCGCGGUGAAUGAAAGUGUAUUUUUUUUUCUGUUUUUGGCAUGUUUGCUUUAUCGAUAGUAUAUAGCGUGAAACUGUGGAUGAGUAGGUUCAGCUGAAUGUAUUACCUUCUCGCUGUACGUUGCUCAAAUUUGUCUCAGUAAACUGCGCUUGAACAAAUAUUUUCAGGACUGUUUUCACUAGAACGAUGAGGAGUAAAAUCAUUGUUCUUGGCAUUCUUUAACCCUUUAACUCUGUUAAAGGACCAAGACAGAAUUUCACCUCCUAUUAUAAUUAAAAUAUCAAGCAGACGAAUCAUUAUGAUGAGAAUGAAGAAAAAUAUCAAUUAGUAAAUUAUUAGUUAAUCCAGUAUCAAAUUCUUUGAACUGACAUCGCAAGAAUUGAAAGGCAGAAAAUAAGAAGAUUGCCAAUGAAAUCUUGAAAAUCAAAGGGUUAAUUUAAAAAUCUGGCAGAGAAUUUGCGUUGACGGAGGAAGGUGCGUGGAAUUUAGUGACGUCGGGGAAAGAACAGCGACGAGGAAUUCUGUCACGGAUAACGGACUUUGAUUUAUUUGGCGCAAGUUUUAUUUGAAAAGAUUUUGCAACUUUUACAGAUUUUAUGUAAAUUAAAGUGUUUUAGACAAUGAU